CUGGGCUUCAACGAACAACGAGACAUUCGCAUUUGCUUUUCCUUUUCCUUUCACGCACUCACAUCCUGGUCUGGUUGUCGACUCGCUCUCUUCGCAUUACCUGUCGUUCCCUUACCCACCCGCGGUGACGUCGCUCGGUCCCUCCACGUAACGAGUUCAGCCAACACGGAGACAGCGACUCCAGGCUUCCACAUUAGUAACCUUCAGUCCACGUCCACCUCAGUCUGCUCUCCACUAUCUCUCUUGAUUCACGAACCCUUGCACACGCGAUAGACACAAUGGCAUCCUACGGUUACGGACAGAACCCUCAAUACGGCGGUGGGGGUGCGCAAAACCUCCAAUUCUACUCCUCCUCAUUCUCGAAUCAGCCAGUGUCCGGGCACUCGACGCCCUUCCAAGCCAACUACGGUGCGCCGCAAGCUCAGGCUUUCCCUACACAAUAUGGUCAAGGGUUCUCGGCGCCCGGUGUUAGUGGACAGAUGGGCAUGGGAGAGUCAGGGCUGCGGACAGGAUGGCUAGCGGCGUUUGGUGCAGAAGGAUACGAAGGGGAACCACCACUGCUGGAGGAACUUGGCGUCAACUUCGGACACAUUCAGUCGAAGACACUUGCGGUGCUGAACCCUUUCAGGCGGAUUGAACCGCACGUCAUGGACGACAGCGAUGUCGCGGGUCCUAUUCUAUUCUUCUUCAUCUUCGGCACAUCGCUUCUGCUCUCUGGAAAGCUUCAUUUCGGUUACAUCUACGGAUUGGGACUUGUAGGCACAAUACUGCUUCACCAGAUCAUCUCGCUCAUGUCACCACCUAUAAGCGCGGAUGAGGCCGUAGCAGGCCAGGACCACGGACACCCGCGCGGCUCCCACCUUGGUUCAUCGUUGACAUACCCUCGAUCAGCUUCAAUUGUGGGCUACUGCCUGCUUCCUCUUGUUCUGGUUUCAACCCUGGGCAUUGUCGUGCCUCUGGACGGCCUCUUCGGCUACAUUGUCACAAUCCUGUCUAUCAUGUGGUGCUCAUACUCUUCUAGCUCCAUGUUCACCGUUGCUGGCCGCAUGACUUCGAUGAGAGGACUUGUCGCCUACCCUAUGGUAUUGUUCUAUGGCAGCUUUGGCAUCAUGGCUAUCUUUAGCUCUCGAGGCACUGGACAACUGGGCAAGGUGGCAGCUGGACAGGCAUGAGGGACGAGGAAGGUCACAAAAAGCGCAUAUGGCGAAUUACGAGCAUACAGCGAACGGCGUACGGUACCAUGAAGUAGAAUACAAAACUUAACAACGGCAAGUUUGACAUUCA